CUCCCAUCUUUGACAAGAAUUUACUGAGUUCAUGCUUUUUUCUUUCAUCUUUUUUUUUUUUUUUUUUAACAAAGAAAAGGAAAAGGAAGGUGGCAGCUUAGGAGCAUGGCAGAGAAGGAAGUUGCAUGUUCAGAUAAUGGGAAAAUCCCUCUCUUCAUUUUCUUCAGGGAUGCAAGAUCAAUUUUGAAGCUAGAUGAGCUGGGUGUUGAAAUAGCCAGGAUUGCCCUCCCUGCAGCACUAGCUUUGACAGCUGAUCCUAUUGCCUCUCUGGUUGACACAGCUUUCAUAGGCCAAAUAGGCUCAGUUGAGCUUGCUGCUGUUGGAGUUUCUAUUGCUGUGUUCAACCAAGUGUCGAGAAUCGCGAUAUUUCCACUUGUCAGCGUCACUACCUCUUUCGUUGCUGAGGAAGAUACUAUCAGGAAAAGCGGCUCGAUUUCACAAGACACUGAAAGUUUAUCUGCAGGGAGUGAGAGUAAAAAGUUGAUACCAGAAAAUGGUUCUGAAGAGAGUGGUAACGCCUUUGAAGUAGAAGCUCCUAAUAACAACGAAAAGCGCCACAUCCCAUCUGCCUCAUCGGCUUUGAUCAUUGGUGGCAUCCUUGGCCUAAUUCAAGCAGUGCUGCUGAUCACGGGCGCAAAGCCCGUGUUGGAAUUCAUGGGGAUCAAAUCUGGCUCGCCCAUGUUAAAACCUGCACAGCAGUACUUGGCGUUGAGGUCACUAGGCGCCCCAGCGGUUCUUCUGUCUUUAGCCAUGCAGGGUGUUUUCCGAGGAUUUAAGGACACGAAAACUCCCCUUUUCGCAACUGUGGUGGGGGAUUUAACAAACAUAAUUUUGGAUCCUAUAUUUAUCUUCAUUUUCCGUCUAGGGGUUAGAGGGGCAGCUAUUUCCCAUGUCAUAUCUCAGUACCUUAUUUCGAUUAUACUUUUUUGGAGAUUAAUGGAGCAAGUUGAUUUAAUUCCUCCUAGUCUCAAAUACCUGCAAUUUGGUCGAUUUCUUAGAAAUGGAUUUCUAUUACUGAUGAGGGUCAUAGCCGUUACGUUCUGUGUAACCUUAGCUGCAUCAUUAGCUGCCCGGCUAGGAUCAACACAAAUGGCUGCGUUCCAGGUGUGCCUGCAGGUCUGGUUAGCGACGUCUCUUCUAGCUGACGGGUUGGCUGUAGCUGGACAGGCAAUACUAGCGAGUGCAUUCGCUAAGAAAGAGUUUAGUAGGGCGGCUGCAACUGCAUCCCGUGUGCUACAGCUAGGAAUAGCACUCGGGGUGAUCCUAGCCGUGUUUCUUGGAGUUGGUUUACACUUUGGAGCAAGACUGUUUACGAAAGACGCCAAUGUGAUCAACCUUAUUGGCGUUGGCAUCCCGUUUGUUGCAGCUUCUCAACCUAUCAACGCCUUGGCCUUCGUUUUCGAUGGAGUUAACUUUGGUGCAUCUGACUUUGCAUAUUCUGCCUAUUCCAUGGUUACGGUGGCGAUCUUCAGCAUCAUAUUAUUGUUCAUUCUUUCGUCGUGGUUUGGAUUUGUAGGAAUCUGGGUUGCACUAACCAUUUAUAUGGGUCUGAGAGCCCUGGCUGGGUUCUGGAGGAUAGGAACUGGAACAGGUCCAUGGAAAUUUCUCAGGAGCUGAAAAUCUCUUGCAACUCAAGAAGUGUAUUAACUUUAAAUAAAAUUCUUGAGAGGAAAUGGAUUUGAUACAGAGAGACAGCUUUAGAAAACACAUGAAACUUUGUUAGGGUAAAUUAGGGAGCUAGGCAGCAAUCUCCAGUGAUGUUAAUGUAAAUGUUUGUGUUACAGUCAGCCAGGCAAAAGUAAUAUAAUGAAAGCCUAUACUCAAAUGCUUUUAACCUAGGGUAGUGGUCGAGCGGAAGAGACUCAUCCAACUUUAAUCAUAGGUCAAGGGUUCGAUCCUUGGCUUUGGGUAUAGAGCAGUCUUAAAUCUCAAGGCUAGCUAUCCCAUUCAAUAGAGGUGCCUACAAAGGUCAAGGGUUCGAUCCAUAGCUUCGGGUAUGGAGCAGCCAGCUAUUCCACCCAAUAGAGGUGCCUACAAUUCAGCUAGGGGAAUUUUUCACUGUAUUGGUGAAAAUCCUGGGCUACAGAAAAAAAAAAAAAAUACUCAAAUGGCAAUGCUGAAGCAUAUAUAAGCAAUGUUGAAACAUGGGCUUCAAAAGUUAGAACUUAAAAGCAGCUAUUUUAUCUUCA